UUCCUCUUUUCUUUCACAGUUCUCAACAAUGGCGUCGCUGAUUCGGAUGCAGAGAAUCGUGUUCAAUCAAGAAAUAAGGAAUUACAGUGAAGAACAAGUCGAAGGAGUCGCAUUGAACAACCGGUGGGAUGAUAUCAACAACUCCGAAGCAUGGCAGGAAGGCAUCUUCUAUACUCUCUGUGUCAUCUACUCAGUCGUCUCCUUCAUCGCCCUCGUGCAACUCAUCCGGAUUCAACUGAGAGUACCAGAAUUUGGUUGGACAACACAAAAGGUUUUCUACUUGAUGAAUUUUAUUGUGAAUGGAUUACAUGCUAUCCUCUUUGGACUGUACAAAAAUGUGUUUGUUCUCAGCGCAGUUUUGGUUCUUUGAAGAAGCGCUUUCCAAUUCUCAGCAAAAUGCCAUGUUUUCCACUGAACACCCAAACAUGCAUCGUCAUUGCUUGGUGUGCACUUCACAACUUCAUUCGGGAGGAAGAAAUUGCAAACAAGAAUUUUAAGGAGUUUGGUGAAAAUUGGUGGAAUGAGGAGCCUGAAGAAAUUCAAGAUUAUAUACCACCGGCUCACAUUAGUAUAAGUUUAGCAGAAAGAAGAAGAUAGAUGGAUGAUCUUAGGAAAAAGAUUGCAAAUGAGUUAGCUGUUAAAGCCGGAAUGGCUCAAAUUACAUGAUUACAUUUUGAUUAUUGGAUUUAAACUUUGGAGUAGUGGGACAUGUUUUGCAGUUAAGAAUUAAG